GUUAGGAGACGGCACAGUUACCAGUGACCACAAUUGGUUGUUUUUCCAAUUCAUCAGUGGGACCAAACAAGUAGUAUAUGUUCAGUUGAGGCUGGUAACUUACACAGGGUGAACAAGCGAUACGUCUUGGAAGUGUAGUUUCAGAAAGAGUCGCAUUGUGAGAGGGUCCAGACCCAUCUCUGGCAUACCGUCCCAUCUUAGACCUGGAGCAGAAAGACAAGGACAAGACAGAAUACAGGAAUUUUGAGAGCGGGAGUCUGAUUGAUCGUGUGUAUAACACAUACAAGCUGAUGCACACUAACCAGACCCUGGACUUUGUCAAGCAGAAGCACUCUGAGUGGUCAGGUUGUGGGCAUGCCCAGAUGGAGGUGAUGGAAGCCGUCAUAUCUCUGGACCAGCUUGUUGAUGAGUCCGACCCUGAUGUCGACUUCCCCAACUCAUACCACGCCUUUCAGACCGCUGAGGGCAUCCGCAGGGAACACCCCCACAAAGACUGGUUCCAGUUGGUGGGGCUGAUCCAUGACAUUGGGAAGAUCAUGGCUCUGUCAGGGGAACCCCAGUGGGCUGUAGUGGGGGACACAUUCCCAGUGGGGUGCAGGUUCCAGAAUGGCAUUGUGUUUCGAGGCAGUACCUUCGCGGACAACCCCGAUGACAAAAACCCUGCUUACAAUUCUGAGUGUGGGAUCUAUAAGCCAAACUGUGGGCUGGACAAUGUGCUCAUGUCCUGGGGCCAUGAUGAGUAUCUCUACAGGGUCAUGAAGUUCAACAAGUGCACCAUCCCAGAAGAGGGUCUGUAUAUGAUCCGAUUCCAUUCCUUCUACCCCUGGCACUCCCAUGGAGACUACAUGCACCUCUGUGAUGACAAGGACAUGCGCAUGAUUCCCUGGGUUCGCGAGUUCAAUAAGUUUGACCUCUACACCAAGACCACUGAGCUGCCUGACAUAGAGAAGUUGAAGCCAUACUACCAGUCUCUCAUCGACAAGUACUGUCCUGGGGUACUGAAGUGGUGACACACAGACAGAUGGGGCAGCCACACACACCUACCCCCACCUCAAAUGUUUCAUAAAUCAAUUAACUAUCACAAUUCAUUUAUUUCCCACCCUCUCUCACACCUUCAUAGAGAUCAUAUCCAGCAGCAACACCAAGGCAUCUCCUCAGAUCUACAGAACAUCCUAAAAGUGUUUGUUGCUUAGAAUGCUGAUUACAAUUCAUAUGGUUAAUAAUGAAGAACCAAAUGGAUACAUUUCCUAUCUUUAUUAUAAAUGAUACAAAAACAUUAACAUUAUCCAUUCAUGGAUGUGAUGUUUUUUUCAAACGUGGAAAGACGCUUGGCAGGAAAGUGCAGAAUUGGUGAUUCACUACAUUAUAUCUGGCAGCAAAGCAAAGGACCACAGUGGCAAACCAAACACCCUUUAACACACACACACACACACACACACGUACAAUGACAAGGAAACUGACAAAAAAUGUUAUUUUCUCUUGAUUGUAAUAAUACUACAGAUAAUUGGAAAACUUUGUCUAUUCAUUUCAAAUAAAGUGAUUGUCAAAUGUAGAAUAAAGCAUCAACAAAA